UACAAGCUUAAAAAUCUUUGUUUAUCAAAAAAAUAUUACAUUCUCACUAUUUGAUUGGGUGUUCAUAUUACAAACAUCACACUUUUAAGAGUUACCAACGCCAUAAAUUAUACCUUUAAGUGGAUUCUAAUAUAGACAAACAAUUUGAAUAUAUGGCCUUGAAACUUAACACAAUGGAUAGAAGAGCAUUGAUUGAAAAAUUCCAUCAAAUGGAUAAAAAUUGUGAUGGCGUUUUAACACCGUCUGAAAUUCGACUCUGUGUUCAGCGAUCCGGUCUACCGCCAUCGAAAGUUGAUGAAUUUCUACGUUUGUUCGAUUUAAGCGGUGAUAAUAUGAUUACACUUCAAGAAUAUAUUUGUGCGCUUGGUUUACAACCACCACCGCCAAAAGAUGUUGAACAAUGGAGGAGAACCUUUAAUGAAGUCGACCAAGAUAGAUCAGGACAAUUAUCACUAGAUGAAAUCAGAAACGUUUUACGGGAACUAGGAUAUCGUCGUGUAUCUGAGGACGCUUUAAAUCGUUGGAUGCAAAGUGUUGACAAGAAUUGUAAUCAAAUGAUUGACUUCUCUGAAUUCAGCGCAUUUCUUUACGAAAAUUGGCAAGAAUAAACCAGACUUUAACCGAGCGACCAGAUAUUUAUUUCCACAAAUACUUUCCUCUAACAAAAUUGAAAAUAUAACUACUACUGCUCUGUUGUAUCUGUAUUAUUUUAUAUUACAUAAACGUUUACAGAUGCGAACUACUAAUAGUAUGGUUUGCCUUAUUGUCAUGAUAGUAAUAUGAAAAGUGAGAUACUUGUAAGUCAUGAUUUUUGAUUUAAUAAUUGGCAUGCGUGUUCAUUUUCUGGCAACGCAUUUCGGUUUUGUUGGUUUG